CUCACGCACACGUCUGUGUAUAUAUAUACAUACCGACGCCUGAACACCUGACCCAAUUUUAAUGGGACUCCUACUAAUAACCUAGACGGACUACUAGACGUGACAUACCAGUACCCCUACUCUUUCCUAACACCAGACGGUCUUGGCUCGUUGACGAUUCAUCCCUUGUCGACUCAUCCAUCUCGCAUCACGACAAGUCAAAUUGCCGGCUAGAUUAUUGUUGUCAACAGCGACGAGAUCAAGGAGUACACACGCUUUAUGAUCGAGUCAGAUCUUGAUUCUUCUGCUGCAGCUGCUGGUCUUAUGUGUAUCGCGGAGGAGGCCGAAUUCAUGUGUGAGUUGUGGGCAUGUAGAACCAAGAACGAUGUGGAGGGGGAUGGUUUCAUUAUGGAGGUAUUGGAAGACGACAAUCUCAACAUUAGCAAUUAUAUCCGACACGCUGUAUUUCAUAUCCUGAGCACCUACAAAGGGCCUUCUUCUGACUGCCUUGCUGCUUUCAUGUUGGGGAUGCAAAAGGAGGCUAAUAUUCUACGCGAGUUGCUUAAUGGGAACCACUGGGACUGCUUUUCAAGGCUUCACGUUUGUGAUGACAUAAGGCCGCGUUUAUGGAAAAGGCUUUCUCUCAUUGCUGCCAAGAUUUAUCCGAUCGACCAUCCUUAUACUCCCGUUACAAAAAUGCUUCCAAAUCUGAUGCCAUAUGAGCAAGGUAAGGAAAGUGGAAAUGCAGAUGAGAUGGGUUUUCAUAUUCAUAUGACCGAUGAUGGAGCUGCCGUUCUUAAUACUCCCACAAUAACCACAACUGCCGCUCCUGCUGCUCCGAUAUCAUGGGUUGUAAAUAUUGAUGAACAUGAUCAGGAGAACAAGGACAACAGCAACACUAAGAGCAUUGGAGAUACCCAAGGCAGUGAAGUGCCCAUUUCACAGACAUCUGACCCAAUUAUUGUUAGUGGAUAUGCAGCUAACAAGGGAGAUGGUUGCCGAGUUUGGAAACAGGACGAGGGUUAUGUCGAGUACGAGCUGCUCCAAGGGGUUUCUCCUCCAUAUGAAGAAGCAGAGGCAACCAGGCCUGAUGGACCAAAUGCAGGUGGAGAAGAAAAACACAUGCUGGAAAAGACUACUGUGAUUGAAGAAGGAUCAAUGAAGGCAUUAGUACAAUCAGGCAAGGAAAUUGUAGCACUGUUGAAGGCAUUAUUAGUGGUGCUCGUGACUGUUCUUUGUGCCCUUUGUGUUGUUGUGUAUCUGUUGAAUUUGAGCAGAAGAGAGAAUGAUCUGUAAGCUGACAUCAAUGAGAAGGUAUCGGCUCUGAAGUUUUGUUUGCUUGUGUACAGUCUUCGUGAUAACCUUACUUCUGAAGAUUCUCA